AUGCCUCUCGACCUCGAAGAGAUCCUGCGCAAGAAGAAGGCGGCCGAUGCGGCUGCCUCGAAGCCUAGAUUCAUCCCCAAGGCCGAGCGGGAGCGUCUUGCCGCCGAGAAGGCUAAGCAAGAGGAAGCCGACAAGAAGCGCAGGGCCGAAGAGGAGGCUCAGAAGCGCAAGGAGCGCCAGGAAAAGUGGUAUGCGCGCUCGCAAGAACAAGAAGACAGGACGAGAGAGACCUUCGACGGCCGGUCAACGAACAACGGUAGAUCAGGACCGAAAAACAGUAACGGCAGAGCGGGAGCGAACAACCACAACAACAACAAAGAUGGGGCGAAAAAGGCAGACAGCAAGACGAAACCUUCGGCCGAAGAGAUUCAGUCUACACUGCUGCGGGAGCGGUACCUGGGCCCGGAAGUCAAUCAGCACUCGAAGUUCUCGGCCAAGAAGAAGCGGAUGAGGACCAUGGAGAAAAAGUUCAACUUUGGCUGGGAUGACUCGGAAGACACAACACUGGAAAGCGACUGGCGAUACUCGAACCGCGACGGAGGCCGGGGCUGGUCGUUUACCAACGUCAACGGAGACUUUGACAAGGAGUCGGAGGAGCGCAUCCGCAAGAAGGCCAAGCUCAUCGAGGAGCACGACCCGGAGUUCGGCAAGGAGCGUGCCGAUGGCAUCAUGAACGACUACUACCGAGCCCGGGACAGGGCGCUCGAGCGAGAGGAGAAGAGGGGGCUGGGCAGGCACUGGUCGGAGAAGGGAUUGCACGAGAUGCGCGAGCGGGACUGGCGUAUCUUCAAGGACAACUUCGGCAUCAGCACAAAGGGCGGCGCCAUCCCCAAUCCGAUGCGCAGCUGGCGCGAGUCCAACCUGCCGAAGCGCCUGCUCGACAUCGUCGACCAGGUGGGCUACAAGGAGCCAUCGGCAAUCCAGAGGGCCGCCAUACCUAUCGCCCUCCAGGCCAGGGAUCUUAUCGGUGUCGCCGUGACCGGUUCGGGUAAGACGGCGGCAUUCCUGCUGCCGCUGCUCGUCUACAUCUCUGACCUGCCGCCGCUCACCGAGACCAACAAGAACGACGGUCCUUACGCGCUCAUCCUGGCGCCGACGCGAGAGCUGGUCCAGCAGAUUGAGACGGAGGCACGCAAAUUCGCCACGCCCCUCGGAUUCCGCUGCGUCAGUAUCGUCGGUGGCCACUCGCUGGAGGAGCAGGCUUUCGCCUUGCGCAACGGCGCAGAGAUCAUUGUGGCGACGCCCGGUCGUCUGGUAGACUGUAUCGAGCGACGGCUGCUGGUCCUCUCGCAGUGCUGCUACGUCAUUAUGGAUGAGGCCGAUCGCAUGAUCGAUAUGGGCUUCGAGGAGUCAGUCAACAAGAUCCUCGACGCGCUGCCCGUGACCAACGAGAAGCCCGAUACGGACGACGCCGAGAACUCGCAGCUCAUGAAGAGUUACCUGGGCGGACAGGACCGCUACCGCCAAACCAUGAUGUACACGGCUACCAUGCCGCCGCUUGUGGAGCGUAUCGCGAGGAAGUACCUGCGGCGCCCGGCCACCGUCACCAUUGGAACUGCUGGAGAGGCCGUCGAUACGGUGGAACAGCGCGUCGAGUUUAUCCCCGGCGAGGACCGCCGCAAGAAGCGCCUGCAGGAGAUCCUCGCAUCGGACUCUUUCGCCCCGCCCAUAAUCGUCUUCGUCAAUAUCAAGCGCAACUGCGAUGCCGUCGCCCGCGACAUCAAGUCCAUGGGCUGGUCCGUCGUCACCCUGCACGGAUCCAAGACCCAGGAGCAGCGAGAAGCCGCCCUCGCCUCGGUCCGGGCCGGAAACACGCACGUCCUCGUCGCCACGGAUCUUGCUGGUCGUGGUAUCGAUGUCCCCGACGUCUCGCUCGUCGUCAACUUCAACAUGGCCACGAGCAUCGAGAGCUACACCCAUCGUAUCGGUCGUACUGGUCGUGCUGGAAAGAGUGGUGUCGCCAUCACUUUCCUGGGCAACGAGGACUCUGACGUCAUGUACGAUCUCAAACAGAUGCUCAGCAAGAGCACUAUUUCCAAGGUGCCCGAAGAACUGAGGCGGCACGAGGCCGCUCAGACGAGACCGGUUCGCGGUGGUGCUAGAAAGGAGAAGGAAUGA